AUGAAGCCCCUCCAGUUCUGCAGCGCAGCCGAGCUGUACGACUUCCUGCAGGACGAGAAGAACGACGUGGAGAUAGUGGCGUGCAUCAUCAGCAACCUGCUGGGGAGUUUCUUCAAGUGCUUCUUCUACGUGCCGGAAAUUUCUCUGGCCAAGUUGGAGAACGGCUUCCCCUUUGACGGGUCCUCCAUCAAGCUAUGCGCAGACGCAGAGGUGAGCGAUUUCUACAUAAAGGUGGAUGUGUCCACGUGCUUUCUUGAAAGCUGUGAUGGACGGAACAUGCUAAAUGUGCUCUGCGACAUCAAGAGGUAUAACGGGUUUGACUACUAUAAGUGCCCUCGUACCAUUCUGAAGAAGACGUGCAAUUUUGUGAAGAGGGAAAAUGUAGCGGAUAGCAUCUUCAUAGGGAACGAAAUUGAGUUUUUCAUUUUCGACAAGGUGAAUUUUGGCCUCGAUGAUUACGACAGCUAUUUGAAGGUCUACGACAGGGAGGCCUUCUCCUGCAAGAAUGGUGGCAGUGGGGGGUCUGCGGUGGGUAGCGGAAGCCAUGACACUACCGCUGGUGUCGCUUGCAUCGCAUGCGCUGGCCACGUGCCGCCAAAUGAUGACAGCAAAAAGGUGAAGAAAAAGUGCGGCUAUUUUGCCACUGACCCAUAUGACACCUCCAACAUGAUCAAGCUGCGCAUUUGCAGAAUCCUGAACAGCCUGAAUGUCCACGUGCAGAAGUACCACCAUGAGGUGUCGACUAGCCAACACGAAAUAUCUUUGAAAUAUUUUGACGCUGUAAAAAAUGCAGAUAAUUUAAUCAUCACCAAACAGGUAAUAAAAAGCACCGUGCAUAAUUUCAACCGAACGGCUACCUUCAUGCCGAAACCGCUAGUAAGUGACAAUGGAAGUGGCCUGCACUGUAAUAUUUCCCUCUGGAAGGAUAACAAAAAUAUAUUUUUUGCUGAUGACCCUUCUACCUUCUUCCUUUCCAAAGAGGCCUUCUACUUUAUGAAUGGUAUUAUUAAACAUGCCAAGGCGUUACAAGCCUUCUGCAAUUCUACCAUGAAUUCUUAUAAAAGGCUAGUCCCAGGAUUUGAAACUUGCCAGAAGCUGUUUUAUUCCUUUGGCUCAAGAAAUGCUGUCAUUAGGUUAUCUAUGAUCAAUUACAGCAACCCAAGUGAAAAGCGAAUUGAGUUCCGACUGCCUGAUUAUGCCAACUCGCCUCACCUAGUCCUGGCCGCCAUCAUCCUGGCAGGAUAUGAUGGUAUCAAAUCGAAGGAACAGCCACUGGUACCAUUCGAGAGUAAAGAUAACAACUUUUUCAUUUCUAGCAUUUUUUCCAAUUAUGUUGAAAAUACACAGAAUUUUAAAACCCUCACUCAUGCACUGGAGGGAUAUGACACCAUUCAUGAUGUGAAGAAGAGCCCCGAAUUUGUGAACUUUUUCACGUGCAAGGAGCCAGAGAGCAUAUGCUUUUCCCUGGAGGAGAGUUUGGAUGCCCUGGAGAAGGACCACGCCUUUUUGACGGUGGAUGGAAUCUUCACGGAGGAAGUCAUUGAGGAGUACAUAAAGUUCAAGAGGGACGAGAUAGCCGCCUACAGGAGGAAGGUCACUCCGUACGAUUACUACUUAUAUUACGACUGCUAGGCGGAAGUGACGCGCACGUCUGGACACGCGCAGCGACCCACCGGGCUGGCCAAGUGAACCGCGCCAACUCAACUUCAUGGCU